ACAGAUGGUUUAAAAAGUGAAUAAUUAUAACUAGCCGGUAAUUCUGAUAUAAAUAUGAAAGUAUAAUAGUUGUUGAAAAUGUAGAAAGUAAAUUGAAGAUAUUCAAAGAUAUUUUAGUUUUUUUUUUUAGAUACAGAAUAUCUUUAAGCGAAAAUAAACGAAUUUUAAAAAGAAUACCAUUGAAUUUAUAGCAAUUGACAGGAAUUAAAUAUACAUAUUUUCAUAAUGAAGCUAAAAAAUAUAGGAAAUAGAUUAAAGGAUGAAAAUUUAGAUCUUAGUUUAUGUGACCUGGAUGAAGUGCCUGUGGAAGAAAUUGCAACUGUUAGAAAACUGACAUAUUUAGACUUAUCUAAUAAUUUCUUAGUUACAUUACCUAAUAAUUUUGUCAUACUUAAACAAAUAUUGAAGUUAGAUCUAAGUAAAAAUAUGUUAACGGAAAUUCCUGAGAACUUUGGUGAAAUGACGCAAUUAAAAUAUUUGGAUCUGUAUGCUAAUCAGAUAAGCCGUUUACCUUUGAGUCUCAGCGAAUUGAAGAAUCUAAGAUGGCUGGAUCUAAAAGAAAAUCCAUUAACACCUUCUGUUGCAAGUAUUGCUGGCCCAUGUAAUAAUGCAGAAGAGUGUAAAAAUUGUGCUCGUAAUGUUGUAGAAUAUUUAAAUAAUGUCAAACGUUCCGUAGAAGAGGAAAAGUUACGUAGACUUAAUGCUAAGUUAAAUAAGAUGUCAGUAGUUGCCAAUAAAGAUAAUGAUAAUGAUACAACAAAAAAAGAAUCAAAAAAGAAAAAGAAGAAGAAACACACGGACAAAGAAGUUGAAAAGAAUUUGAAUAAGAACAAAUCAGAAGUGGAAUGUAAAGUGUCUGAAAAUAUAGAGGAUAAGAUGGAUAGUUCAAAAGAAACAUUUAAUGAGCAAAACCAAAAGCAUUGCAUUUCUGCUGCACUAUGUAGGAUACUUACUUCACUAUUCCUAUGGACAGUCAUGUUUGGCAUUGUCUUUGGCUCUUUGAUAAUAAUCCUUCCUCUAUAUAAUAAAGAACUAUCAUAUACAAUUAUGGAUUACAUAGAAAAGCACACAGGUAUAUUUCUGAAAACUUAUCAAAGGUAUGGCACAGAAUUAUUACAAAAUAAAAGCCAGAUUUUAAUGAAAUGGAUGAAUCAUGCUUGUAAGACUAUAAAUGAUAUUUACAAUGGUUACAAUUUAACAGAUAUUAUCUAAUAUUAUCUAUAACAAUAUAUAUUGUAGCCUUUGUUUGUAAUAUCAUUAACCUGUGCGUGACAUCAGAUAUAUCUCAGACAGGAUGUAUUUUAUUAUACAUUAUUUUUCUUAAAUUUAUUUUAACUCAUGAUUCACCACUUAUCAGUAGAAUGGCACAUAACACUUUUGAUAUAUUACAUUUUAACUAUUAUAUGAUUUAUUUUUUAUAAAAUAAUGCACAUUCAGUGUUAUUGUAAUUUUUUUUCUUUUUUCAUAUUAUAUCAAAUCAUAGGUAUUUUUACUGUUGUAAGUAUAAUAUCUACAUGGUAUAUAUGGAUUAUUUUUUAGAGAUGUACGAACAGGGAAAGAAAUAAAAUUUCGUAUAUAAUAUCAA